AUGGAUGCAUUUUCUGAACAGAAGAAUGUUGUUAUAGGCCAAAGUGAUGAAAAUGAAUUAGUUACAAACAAAGGAAUGUCCUGUACUCAAGGUUGUAGAAGUUAUAAAUUCAGAGUGGAUGAUAAUACCGAAGUGAGAUUUAUUGAUACCCCUGGAAUAGGUGAUACUAAAGGAUUAUAUGCCGAUGAAAAAAAUUUUGAAAAUAUUCUAAAAUAUAUCAGCCAAUUUGAUCAUUUGAAUGGGAUCUGCAUUCUUCUUAAAUCAAAUAGCACUCGAUUAACCAUAAUGUUCAGAUUCUGCAUACAAGAAUUAUUGUCACAUCUUCAUAAGGAUGCUAGAAACAAUAUUGUUUUCUGUUUCACUAAUUGCAGAGGAACAUUUUAUGGUCCAGGUGAUACAUUGCCAGCAUUAAACGAACAAUUAUCGAAAACUGAUGUUGAAAUAAAAACUGAUCAAGAUACAUUAUACUGUUUUGACAAUGAAGCAUUUAAAUUUUUAGCUGCUUUCAAACAACGUAUAACGUUUGAAGCAAAUAGUAAAAAAAUUUAUGCUGAAAGUUGGAAAAAAGCCGCCAAUGAGUCUGAUCGACUUAUUCAAUAUUUCAAAUCAUGUUCUCCUCAUAAUAUAAAGGACACUAUAUCACUUAAUAACGCUAGACAAAUUGUGAUGGAUCUUUCCAAACCUCUUGCUGAAGUUUGUCAAAAUCUUCAGAUAAAUAUUGCUUUGGCUGAAGAAAAAAGGGAAGAGAUGAAACAAUUUGAUUCAAUAAUUGCUGAUCUUAAUGACAAAUUGCAUAUUCCACAAAUUGAUCUUAGGCCAAUACAAUUAAAUUAUCCAAGAACGGUGUGUACAAGUGCUUCUUGUGUUAAAGUUUUAACUGUAGGGGAAACAAGAAUGAAACAGAUUGACUACGUAACUCACUGUCAUAAACGAUGUUAUCUACAAGGUGUUGAGUUUAAUGUUAUAAACAAUAAGGCUCUUUUAGGUUGCAUAGCCAUGAGAGGAACCCAGAAUUGCCAAGUAUGUGGUUGUUCUUGGAACAAUCAUAUGCAUAUUACUUAUGAGAACGAACAAGUGUCUGUAGAUAAAAUUGAUGAGAAUAUAAAACUUUUAAUCAACGAAAGACAGAAUGACCAAACUAUAAAGGAGCAGUAUAUAAACGAUCUAGAAAAGAGGAUCAAGCAACUGAAAGAUGAAAAAAAGAUCGUAAAUAACAUUAUGAUGAUAUUUGCAUUAUUCCUAAGGCAAAAUGCGAUAGCCCCCUUUAAUGAUGCAUACAUUGACUAUUUGGACCAUUUCAUAAAUGAAGAAAAAAUUAAAAAGAGUUCUAAUCCAAAUGCUUACAAUAAUGAUGUGCUUAAUGAACUUGAAACUUCAAGAAAAGAAUAUGUUGAGAAAAUGGAAACCAUAAAAGAGUCGCUUGAAGACGACAAGGCAUCUCUAACUUCAAUUUCUCCGGAACUUAUUAACGACUUGGAGAACCAUCUCUAUCAUCUUACUAUUUCUGGUCAAACUUUACAAAUGAUGAAAGAUGAAACAAAACGCGGUUAUAUUAAUGCGAUAAACCAUCAUGAAAUGCUUCGCGAUAGUACUUCUAGAUUUUCCAUCAUGCGACAAAUGUUUCAUCAUGCGGCAAAUGUUUUUAACUAG